AUGGAAUCUCAAAUGUGUAGGUGCUGCAAAAAAUUUUACGGAAAUCAAAACGGAAUGUGCUCUAUGUGCUUUAAAAUGGAAAGUCUUAAAACAGAAGCCAAUAAAGCCUUGCCAGAACUUAUUUCAAGCACCCAAGCAAUUCCUGAGGAAAAUAAGGCGGAGGAACCUGAGCCAUUAUGUGAAUCAGAUCGAUGCUGGACUUGCAAGAAAAGAGUAGGACCUCUUAUAUUCAAAUGCAAAUGCAAUUAUCCUUUCUGCGCAAAGCAUAGAGUCCCUGAAGCUCAUGGAUGCACUUUUGAUCAUCGAAGCCAUGGAAUCAGAAAGCUGUCAGAAGAUAACCCUCAAGUAGUUGCAGAGAAGUUUAACAAGCUUUUAUAG